AUAACAGAAUGGCUGUGCAUUACUCUCUCUGCAAGUGAAACUGACGAUUAUGGCUCGUGCUCCCAGAGCUACCGGUAACCAGGGAGCUGACUGAAUUUGUGAAAAUAUCAGUUUUGGAUUGAGUGCUUGCAGUGACGUUAAAGAUGAGCAAUCUUCACAGUGGGAUCCCAUCAGGGUUUGGAUCCAACAGCAGCGGACAACCUCGUCCAUUAUUGGCAGAAACUGCUACCCAGGCGAUUCUCUAUCUGCUCAUCCUAAUCAUUGGCCUUCCAUUGAACAUCCUGGUCCUGCUGUUGGUCUACAAGUGUAGAUCUUUGAGGAGCAUCGCCAAUAUAUUUGUGGCCUCCCUGGCCCUAGCUGAUUUUUUAAUUGCUCUUUUAGGCCUGCCUAUCAUCAUCAUAGCAACCAUUGCCCAGAGUUGGCCCUUUGGUGGGACGUUUUGCCAAAUCUCGGGCUUCCUAACCUUCUCACUGAGGAACAUCUCCAUCCUGUCAGUGGCUGGCAUCGCUGUGGACAGAUAUUACGUCAUUGCGAGGCCCUUUAUACUGACCAUAACCAGGGACAGAGCUCUGAAGAUGAUUGUCUUCCUGUGGUGGAGUGGGCUGCUCUGUGGAAUCCCACCACUCUUUGGCCUUGGGCUUUACAAGUUUUCUCCCACAAGGUGUUUGUGUGACUACAGCUGGCCUGAUGGAGGUUCCAGUCUGGCGUAUGGGAUCUACCUCUUUAUUUGGAUCUACCUGACCUCUUUGCUAAUAAUCGCCGUUUCCUAUUACUUCAUCUACCAGGUCACCCGUGAGCACGUGAAGUAUAAAGCACAGCGUUUCGCCAAUAACCUGUCUCCCGGGCCAGAAGACAGCUCAAUUCCCAGUGAACUGAAGUCCUUCAGACUGCUGCAGGCCAGUCUUUCAAGAAAAUGGGCGAGUUUCAUGUCUUCCAAUUCGGCUUUUAAUUUGAAUGCCAGCAGCCCUUCUGACGUAGCAAUGGAGUCUAAGACAGCGAAAACCAUCAUUGCUGUGAUAAUAACCUGCCUUAUUACCUGGCUUCCCUACUUCAUUCUGAACUUCUGUUGCAGCUCUCUGUCCGACAGUAAGCCUCCCAGAAUGCUGGACUUCCUAGCCACUUGGCUGACCUUUGUGAACUGUGUUCUGAACCCCGUCCUCUACGCUCUCCUGAACCGCCAGUUCAGGCACUGUCUCGGGGAGAACAUGCGCCUCUGGUUUCGACCCUUUGCUCAGCAAGCUUCAGAAGAUGCCCCAAGGUCGGCUGGCACCACCCACAAUGGGGGCAUCACCAGAAGCCGGGCUAAUGUUGGCGAUUGCUCAGCUCCCAUCUCCACCAUUCGAGAUUUGCCGAGGCCAGCAUCCCGAGCAUUCCCUGUGGAUUCCUCACUCUUCAGGAACCCUCUGGUGAGGUCACGAUCAGCAUCCUUUCAGCAGAGAGCUGUUCCUGCUCAGAGACAUCGAAGUCAUGCAGCAGUGGGAAACUGAGCCCUGUAACAAACUGACCCUGGCAAUGCUCAGUGAGCCCUGGCAACGUUCAGUGAGCCCUCAUAAUGAUCAGUCAUCUCCGGAAAUGGACAGUGACUUCUCCUCUUCCCAGUGGCAAAUAUCAUUGACCAAUGGCCAGUGACCACCCAGCAAUGGGCCGUGAUCACUAAUAAUGGGCAUUGAUCACUAAUAAUGGGCUUUGAUUGCCAACAAUAGGCAUUGAACGCCAACAAUAGGCAUUGAUCACCAGCAAUACACAGUGAUCCACAGGAAUGGGCAGUGUGCAUCCACUCCUGGUUUUCUGAUAUUGAAGCAUAUGUGGAUCAUUUUAAAUGACAGGUAACAGGAGAUCAUCUGCGUGUGAAAAUAGGGCAAGACUUUGUCCAUCAGGGCAGGUGCAGAACAGAAAGUGUUUCAGAAUUGCCUAGGAUUAGAUCCAAGGAGGAUUUAGCUUCAGAUUGUCUACUGAUGGAUCUGACCUGUCUCCCAGUGGUUGCAGUUAGGACACUAUUUCUACUUUUAUAGUUGAAUCCUCCUGAAAGAAAAACAUUGGCAGCGCAAGGCUUGGUGUUCCCCCAGUUCAACAGAUUCACCUGGCAGACAUGAGACCCAAUAUCAGGGAUCGACGAGCAGCAGCUGCAAAAGAAAUAGCCCCUCAGGCUAGAGCCUGUGAAUUAUCAAAUGAAAAUGCUUAGCCUAUAACAACCAGUUGUUGCUAAAUUAAACUCUGACACUUCCUAAUUUACUAAAAGUGUUCUUAAAAUUCCCGCAGAUUGUUGGGAAUGUGAAUGAGGGGUUCUGUGUGUCAUUGGAACCUAGAGCUGCAGUCCCAGAACUGAUGAGAAAUGGAAUAAAUGAUAAUCAGGCUCAAACUCUGAAGCCAGGAUUGUGUUGUUAAAUGGGUUUUAUGUUGGAAAUCUGUUCACCCUUCAUUCUUUGAAGCCCAGCUGGAGGCUGGUUUUUUUUUUUCCUUUUGGCUGCGUGAUUUCUCGUUGUUGAGAAUUUGUUGAGAUUAAGAUUCAGGUACUUUUUCUGCAGGAAGGAUAAGCCUCCAGGGGCUUGCAGUGUUCAGGUGACUCAGUCUUGAUGCCAAAUGUUGACAAACUGACAUGUUAUGGGAGGCAUCACCUUCUCUCACUGAUGUGCAGAGCCACAUUAGUGCAGACACAGUUAGCACAGUGUGUUUGGAAGCUAUUUUAUUCUUCUAUAAUCAAACAUAUUGUUGG